GACACAACCACCCCAUACGACGAGAUGGCUGAGUAUGAGACGCCUGAGUUCUACCCAGUCCCUUUCCCGGACGGCUUGCCCACGAUUGAGCUGCAGCGGCUCUCGCUCGCCCGUCUGAUGAAUGACGACGUGGAUCAGGCCCGCCGGCUAUUCGAGAUCUGUACGCGAGAAGGCUUCUUUUAUCUGGAUUUGACCGAUCAUCCGAAGGGGUUGAAGCUCCUUCAUGGGGCUCACUCUGUCCACCGAGUGGGCCAAGAGGUAUUCAAGGUCCCCAUGGCCGAGAAGUACAAAUUUGAGCCCCGGGCUUCCUACGAAACUGGACUCUUGGAUACUGGAUACAAAGAACUCGGUCUUGAUAGCGAGGGCAACUGCAACAAAUUAGAAUUGCUCAAUAUCUCCCAGGCAGGGUUCUUCUCCGGGCUGGAGGACUACACACUGCCCUCGUGGCUUGCUCCGCAAGAAGCCCUGUUCCGGAGCACCCUACAGACGGCGAAUGUGAUUCACAACGUCAUCCUGGCCAUCCUCGAGCGGGGGCUGGCGCUGCCAACGGGGGCGUUCACCUCGUUGCACCGGUUAGUCGAUCGCUCGGGGGACUUCCUGCGUAUCCUGCACUACCCAGCCCCCAAGGAUGGAAAGCCACACGCCCAUCCCCCCACGCCGGCCCAUCGCGAUGCGGUGAGUGUGGCCCUGCUCUUUUGCUGGCAAGGGGGCUUGCAGAUCACCGAUUCGACCGCCCCGGUCGACCAUACGGUCGAGGAGCCGGAAGAUACCUGGUUCUUUGUCCCGCCGCUGCCCGGCCAUGUCAUUGUGAAUCUGGGGUUGGUGAUGGAGGUGCUGAGUGGGAACGUUCUGCGUGCCGGGAAACACCGCGUGGUCACUCCACCUGGUCCCCAGGGCCUGCAUGACCGGCUGAGUGUUCUCAUCUCUGCUCGCCCGGAGGAAAACACCCCGAUGCGGGCGCUGACGAGCCCGAAGAUUCCACAGAAGAAUCCGGAGGAUGACCCCUCCGGGGGGGAGGAGGUGCUCAGUGCGAAGGAAUGGGGGAUCCAGCAGGUGCUCAAAACCGUCCACAACAUCCGACGACAGAACAACGAGCCUUUGUCUCAAUGAAGGAACUCGAGAAGGUCUUUCUUUCAAUCAAUUCUAAUGUGACUCUGUGUACAUAGCUAAACAAGGGGGCUGGGUCUCCCGGGGUGCCUCCUCCCCACUGGUCUCUGGCUGCGUCCAAUGCAUUAGCGUAUCAAUGAGGCCAAGAUGCUCAUCAGUCCACGUCGGGGUCGUCGCG